CGGAAACGGAAGCAGACGUUCAAAAACAAACCUGCUGGUUAGCAGUUCACAGGAAAAAUUAAAACCCUCUUCUUGUAUAUUGUAAAUCAUGGUGUCGUAGUGAAGGCUGGGGAUUAUUUUUGAUCAUGAACCUCAGAGGGCUUUUCCAGGAUUUUAAUCCCAGCAAAUUCCUCAUCUAUACCUCCCUUUUGCUGUUCUCCAUCUUGCUGGCUCUGAAGCUGGAUGGAUUUAUCCAGUGGAGUUACUGGGCAGUGUUCACACCCAUCUGGCUCUGGAAGCUCAUGGUUGUCAUCGGAGCCUCCGUUGGGACUGGUGUGUGGGCAAGUAACCCGCGUUACAGAGCCGAGGGUGAGACACAUGUGGAAUUCAAAGCCAUGUUGAUAGCAGUGACCAUUCACAUUCUGCUGCUGAUGUUUGAAGUGCUGGUGUGUGACAGACUCGAGAGGGGCUCCUACAUCUGGCUGCUCGUCUUCAUGCCCCUCUUCUUUGCUUCACCUCUGUCAGUGGCUGCUUGUGUGUGGGGGUUCCGCCAUGACCGCUCACUGGAGUUGGAGAUAAUGUGCUCAGUCAACAUUCUCCAGUUUAUUUUCAUUGCUUUACGACUAGACAAAAUCAUCACCUGGGACUGGUUGGUGGUGUGUGUGCCACUGUGGAUCCUCAUGUCUUUCCUGUGUCUGGUCGUGCUCUACUAUAUAAUCUGGUCCAUGCUCUUCCUGCGCUCUGUGGACAUCAUCGCCGAGCAGCGUCGCACUUACAUCACCAUGGCUGUGAGCUGGAUAACUAUUGUGGUGCCACUCCUGAUCUUUGAGAUCUUGCUGGUUCAUAAACUGGAUGGACAUAACAAAUUGAGUUAUGUGUCUCUCUUUGUGCCUUUAUGGGUCUCGUUGGUCACUCUCACAGCCAGCACCUUUGGGCAGAAAGGCGGGAAUCACUGGUGGUUUGGCAUCCGCAAAGACUUCUGCCAUUUCCUUCUGGAGCUCUUCCCUCUUCUGCGAGAGUACGGCAACAUCUCCUACAGCCUGCAGCAUGAUGACUCCGACACCCUCGAGGAGACGCGUACUGCCCCAGAACCUUUGAAAGUUGCCCCUAUGUUCUUCCACAAAGGAGUAGAGAUCAUGCCAUUCCCUGGGAAAUACUUUGACCCUCCCCCUAAACUGUCUAUAGACAUACCUGACUGAAGGUAACUACAAUUUUCUUCAAGAACUGUACAGACGUUCCAGGAGGAGGCCGGGAACCAGCACUUGCUUUGUUACAUGUUUUUUUUUAAACUAUUAUAAUUCAGGUAUACUUGAUGAUAUAUCAAGGAUAAAAUGGGAAAUUAUAAAGAGCUGGUAUCAGUAUUGGAGCCAUCGAUCUGAAGAUAGCAAUUCAACUGUGUAAUGUGGAAUUUUAGACUACCUUAUAGUCAAUUAUAAUAUUCCAUAAACACUUUCUUUUGUCGAAAAGAAAAUUCAGUCAAUUAUAAAGUCUAAAACUGCUAAAUCCAGCUCCCAAGUCUACUUUCAGCACAGGUCUGCUGAUUGAGAGCCUAAAACUUGUAUCAUUUUUGUCUGUCUUCAUUCAGUGACAUUUCUGUGUUCAGCAUAUAUAUAUUUUUUUUAAGAAAUGUUUGAGACUUUAUGCACUGAACUUCGUUUCCUUUACAAUUACAAUGGAUGUAUUGUGAGAUCUGGGAUUUACACACCUACUGCUGUUCCCUGACUAGUGAGAAUUUGUUUAUACAGUACUGUACAAACGUCUGAGGAACCCUUUUUUUUCUUUAUACAAACGAGUCCAAACAUUCAUUUUCCAGCACAAAAUUAAAUGUUACAGGAAAAAGAAGUUUGUAUCUGAGCAGCAUAUUACAUAAGAGACGACUUUUCAGAUUAAAAAAGAAAACAUAAUGAAGGCUACUGGGUUUUGGUGCAAAAUGAAGAAGGGAGUGUGAGAGUCAAAGUGUCCAGAAGAACUGUGGCUGCUUCUGCAAGAUGCUCAGUAAAACCUACAGCUCAUUUCCUUAUAAAUCUGCACUCAUUGUACCGGAGACUUUUUUUUUUAAAGCAAAGGGUCGUCUCACACCAAAAUACUGACUUUCAUUUAUUAUGGCUUACUGCUGUUUUUUUUUUUUUUUUUUUUUUUUUAAUAUUGAAACAUUUUUAAUUAUUUUUCAGCCAUUUUUGAUCUACAGCAUUUCCCAAGACUUUUGUACAGUACUGGAAAAAAAUCAAGUCCCCCCCCCACGUUUUUGAGGUAACCAAAGCUGGCUAUGAUGUUAAAAGUUUAGUUUGAGACAAACGAGCAGUAUUUCAUGAAGCUCUACAUUUAUAAAAACAAUUAAUGCAACAGCUAUGAAAGAGUCUGAUAUCUCUGAUUGAUAUGAGUACUUGCUUUCAUUUGUCUUGAGCAUAUGUACAGCACCUCCGGGAAGUCUCCCCUUUAGUCAAGCUAUUUUUCAGCACUGGUUGAUGGGUGAAUUUAAAGAAAAAAAUCAAACUCCACAAACUACAGGAAGUACAAGACGGAUGGUCUGAGUCUCGUCCUAACCAUGCUACUGUCUUUUGACUGGACCAACGCUGAAUCUGUUCUUUUAGGACUAAGAAACAUUAAACAUUUUUAAUUACCAUUCAUUAUUUAGGUUUUCAGCAGUAAACUAACCAAUUAAGAGAGAGAUGUUUGUUUGGGUGAUGUAAGGAGCUAUGCAUGUGCAUUUUAACACUGAUAUAUGUAAUUGUACAGUAUGUGAUUUCUUUAAUAAAUAUUCUUCUUUUGAGAGUAA